CACUGGAUACUACACAAAGAUGAAGAAAUUGUGGAAAGAAUUAACCAAUCUGAGUGCAAAAUCCAUUUGUAACUGUCAAUGCACUUGUGGUACGAAAGAGAAUAUGCAUAAAGUUGAACAGGAUAGGAGGUUGAUACAAUUCCUAAUGGGCAUGAAUAAGGUUUAUACUGUGGUUCGAGGAAGCAUCCUAAUGAUGAAUCCUCUGCCUUCAAUGGUACAAGCCUUUGCUCUUCUGGUGCAAGAGAAGAAACAAAGGGAAUUUCGACCAAGGAAUCAAUUGAAUCUUAAGUCUACUGCAAUGAAUGCCAGUAUGAAAGCUCCAAGAGGAUUCACAACGAAUUUCUCAGUAAACAACAGACCUAGGCCUUAUUGUAAUUUCAGCAAGAGACAAGGUCACACCAAGGAUAAAUGCUUCAAACUUCAUGGAUAUCCACAACAGUUUAAUCAACAAGGAGCCCUGAGUUACAAUUCGAACAAUCACAAUCAUUAUCCCAGGAACAAUAAGGGGAAAAAUGUUGCAGCAAAUGCUAUAGCUGGUGUGCAGGCUAUGCCACCAGAGAUAAUGUCAAAUCAGGGAGAAGAUCCAGAGAACCAAGGUGUUCAGAAUAGCCAGAAUAUUAACCUUUCAAAUGAGCAAUAUGAUCAAGUAAUAAGGCUACUUUAGCACUUCCAAAGCAAUGAGGCAGGAGACAAUUCAAGCAACACAAAUCCAGCCAAUGCAACAGUGAAUUUUGCAGGAGCUUCAUACCAUAUGACCUUCAACAAAACACACCUACAGAACAUAAUUGUUUUACCUUAUCCCUUACUUGUGAAACUACCUAAUGGCUACAAAGUCAAAGUCACAGAAGUAGGAACUGUAACUCUUACACCUAAAAUAGUCUUGCAUAGAGUCCUAUUUGUCCCAUCCUUCAAAUAUAAUCUCAUCUCUAUCAGUUCAUUGACAACACAUCUCAAAUGUCUUGCUUCCUUUUCUAACACAUGUUGUUUUCUGCAGGCCCCUUCUCUGAAGAGGCCUCUGGAGAUUAGUAAGGUCCAUGAUGGACUGUACCUUCUCUGCUCAGACUGUUUGAAUAAAGGAAGUUCUACAGCAGCAAAAAAAAUGCAAGCCAUGUUGCUACAACACCUUAUUUUUCUCAUUCUUGUCAAACUUGCCCAUCUGUAAAUACUCAGUGUCCUUCCCAUUCCUGUAUCCUUAGUUCUACUGUAAAUACUGUGUCUCCAUUUCCUACUGUAAAUAAUUUUACUUGCAAUAAAACAAGCUGGGGUGAUAAUUCUAAA